GUUCUUAUCGAGCCGGUCACCGGCAGAGUCUGGGUGCGGAGUGUCAAGCUCCAGUGGAAUGUUGGCAUCAGCAACGAGACUGGUAGUAUACUAGGGUGGAACGUCACCGCCUUAGAGGUCCCGCUGCAACUUUUUUGGACUGAGAGAGUGGCAACAAUCACCGACGAGGAGAUCCAUGCAUACAAACAUUUGAUAACAAGACUAAUGGCAGUAUCUUGUGGCGGAAUCAUUGGCUUCGGCGUGAUUGCUCUGGUCAUCAUCAUUGUCGGACUGGUCGUCUGCGUGUAUCCUUUCAAACCAAACCGGAUAUUGCCCAUGAUAGAAGAUCUCAACAGUGUACCUAAUGGCCGCCAUCUGUGA